GAAAGAGUUCGGUCCAUCCUUUUGAAUCCCAUCGUCAUCGUUCCACAAGCCAUACAGCAGGGUAGUCCUCGGUCGGUUUCCGGCUGGAGAAUACCGUUGCGGGGUGUGAUCGGUCCUUUAGUCAAUCGGUUCGUUUGAUGGGACGACGUUCUGCAUCGCGCAGACUAUAUAUCCGUUGAGGAAAAAAGAAAAGACAGAUCUAUCUUAAUCAGACAACAUGGAACAGCAGCAGGGCCAAUCCGGGGUCCCCGGCCCCGCUGGCCGUCGCCUCCAUAUAGCUCACAGGAGAAGUCCUUCUGAGCUGACUCCACUCAUGAUGGAGCAACUAGCUAUACAGCAACAGAUUGAGCUGCUUCAGCAGCAACAGCAGCAGAUUGCAGCUACACAUCAACAAUAUGUUAACAUGGGCCUCUUGCAGCCCCAGCAGCCGCUGGGUCAGCUUCCGGCCUACUCUACCGCCAUGCAGGGCGGAGCGUCGAUAGCAGGGGUCGCCCCUCACGUCAACGCUUUCCAAUUCCCCCAGAUGGGCCAGCAGCAGCAGAUGGGAGUGCCGAUGAAUCCUCCCAGUCAGCCGUCCUCGCACAGACGGAAUCAGUCCGCGCUGCCAGGUCUCGGAAUGGGACCUCCUCCGGCUCCUUCCUCGGGUGCUUCGGGAUAUGGAGACUUCAACCAGGGCAACCAGAACCGUGAGAAUAUGCAUGGCCGCGGCCGUGGUGGCCCGCCUGGCGGUGGUCACCAACGGCGCCAUUCCCUUGCUCUUCCAGAAGCCAAGAAGGCUGCGGAGCUGGCUCAACAGAAGAGAACUACCUCCGGCUUCCAGUUUCCCAUCCCUGGUGCUGGCGGAAGUACCGGUACUACGGAGGGUACUUCAGGUUCGGAUGACAAGUCUACUUCCAGUACGAACCAGCCGUCUCAGGGCCUGGGUAUCCAACGGGCUGGUAACAUUCGUGUAGGAUCCCACGGUCGAAGCCAGUCGAUGGCCGUUGGUGGACGCGGCGCCGGUCGUGGCGCUGGUGGUUUCCAGUUCCCAGCACCAAACGAUGGAGGUUCCGGCGGCCAGCCGGAUACUCAACGACGAAGCAGCCAAGCUGGUCAUGCACGCACAUCCUCUCGCAACUUCGAUGGUAACUGGCGCCAGCCCAACAACCAGAACCAGGGACAAGAUCAGCAGAAGAACCAGACGGGUGGCUUCAAUCAGCAGCAGGGCGGAAACGGUGGCUUCCAACCCGGUCACCGUGUUCGAGGAUCGAUGAACCAGUCCAUCGGCUCCAUUGGCUCCUUCCAGUUCCCGGGCCAGCCACAGCUCAUCCAGCUGCCUCAGGGCCAGGUCGUCAUGGCUCCGCCUCAAAUGUUUGCUGGUCAGCAACUCAACCCUCUGCAGAUCGCUCAGCUUCAGGCCAUGCAGCAGAACGGACAACUGAACGGCCAAGGUCUUGGUCUGCAGGCUAGUCAGCAUGCUCCGCAGCAGCUCUCUGCUCAGCAACAGCAGCAGCAGCGGAAGACUCUCUUCACCCCUUACCUGCCUCAGGCGAACUUGCCCGCUCUGUUGAGCAACGGUCAGCUUGUGGCCGGUAUCCUGCGCGUUAACAAGAAGAACCGUUCUGACGCCUAUGUGACUACAACUGAUCUCGAUGCGGAUAUCUUCAUUUGCGGAAGCAAGGACAGAAACCGUGCUCUCGAAGGUGACUUUGUGGCCGUCGAGCUUCUUGACGUGGACGAGGUUUGGGGCCAGAAGCGCGAGAAAGAAGAGAAGAAGAAGCGCAAAGACAUCACGGACACCCGCGCUGGCAGCAAUGCCGGAAACGAUAAGCUAUCUCGGUCCGAUUCGAAUGGAGAUGGCCAGCAGGUGGGUCCCGACGGCAGUAUCCGUCGCCGCGGCAGUCUCCGCCAGCGCCCGACCCAGAAGAAGAACGACGAUGUCGAGGUCGAGGGCCAGAGUCUCCUCCUCGUGGAGGAGGACGAAAUCAGUGACGAGCAGAAGCCCCUGUAUGCCGGUCACGUUGUUGCGGUCAUUGAACGUGUUGCAGGACAGACGUUCUCUGGAACUCUUGGUCUGCUCCGUCCUAGCAGCCAAGCUACCAAGGAGAAGCAAGAGGCCGAACGUGCCGCGCGCGAUGGUGGUAACGGCCGAGGCCAUAACGACCGCCAGCAGGACAAGCCCAAGAUCGUCUGGUUCAAGCCGACGGACAAGCGUGUGCCCCUGAUCGCCAUCCCCACGGAACAGGCACCUCGAGACUUUGUCGAGAAGCACCAGGACUACGCCAACCGCAUCUUUGUGGCAUGCAUCAAGAGAUGGCCCAUUACCUCCCUCCAUCCCUUUGGUACUCUGGUUGAGCAGCUUGGAGAGAUGGGUGAUCUGAAGGUCGAGACCGACGCUCUCCUUAGAGACAACAACUUUGGAGCCGAUGAGUUCUCUGAAGCCGUCUUGAAGAAUGUUGGCUUCGAAGAUUGGUCUGUUGCAGGUCAAGGAGACGCCCUACUUGCUUCUCGCCGUGAUUUCCGCGAGGAGACCACCUUCACCAUCGAUCCCAAUGGUACCAAGGAACUUGAUGAUGCGAUCCACAUCAAGAAGCUCGCAGAUGGCAAGCUGGAAGUCGGUAUUCACGUCGCUGACAUUGCUCACUUCGUCAAGGCCAACUCUCUCGUUGACAGGGAGGCCAAGAAGCGGGGAACCGGCGUGUACCUGAUGAACCGUGUCGUGAACAUGCUGCCACCGCGAGUGUCAACUGAGCUUUGUUCCCUUCUACCAGGAGAAGAGCGUCUAACGGUCAGUGUCGUGUUCCGCGUCAACCCCAACACUGGAAUUGUCGAAGAGGACGCCUGGAUCGGCAAGAGUGUGAUCAAGAGCGCAGGAAAGCUGACCUACGACGAUGUGGAUGCCGUUAUCUCCGGAAAGUCGGACAUUCCUGUCAAUGGUGUCAGCGCCGAAGAUAUUCGAAGCUUGCACGCCAUCGCAACGAAGUUCCGGGAAGCCAGGUUCGGUAACCGCGUCGUUAACCCACCAUCACUUCGUCUGGUGUAUCAGCUUGAUGAUGAGAAUGUGCCAGUGGAGCACAAUAUCUUUGAUUCUUCGGCCGCGCACGAACUCAUCGAAGAGCUCAGCCACAAGGCGAACUCUUUCGUUGCACACAAGCUGCUGGCGGCUCUGCCUGAAAAGGCUUUCCUUCGCCGCCACGUCUCGCCAAACCCUCGCCGCCUUCAGACUUUCGUGGACAGGAUGAACAGACUCGGCUACAACAUUGAUCCCACGAGCAGUGGAAGUCUGCAGGCCAGCUUGUUCAAGGUUGAAGAUGCGGACCUCCGUAAGGGUAUGGAAACACUCUUUAUUAAAUCCAUGCAACGUGCGAAGUACUAUGUUGCGGCCAAUGUGCCCGAGGAUGAGCGCCAGCACUACUCUCUCAACCUGCCCCUGUACACGCACUUCACUAACCCGUCUCGACGCUACGCCGACAUCAUUGUCCAUCGUCAGCUGGAAGCUGUUCUUUCUGACGGUGCAAUCGAGUUCACUGAUGACGUUGAGACUUUGGCCAAGACUGCUGAGCAAUGCAACAACAAGAAAGACUCGGCCCACAACGCGCAAGAACAGAGUGUCCACAUCGAGUCCUGCCGUGCCAUGGACAAGAAGAAGCAGGAGAUCGGCGGUGACCUCAUCAGUGAAGGUGUUGUUUUGAGUGUAUAUGAGUCUGCAUUUGACGUUCUGAUUCCUGAGUACGGUUUCGAGAAGCGUGUCCACUGCGAUCAGCUGCCAUUGAAGAAGGCUGAGUUCCGCAAGGAUGAGCGUGUCCUUGAGCUCUACUGGGAGAAGGGUGUCCCGUCUUCUGCCUAUAUCCCUGAAGACGAGCGCCCCAAGGCGACCAACUCUCGUGCCGCUCACGCCGCAGCUGCAGCACGCGAAGCAGAGGCUGCCCGGGAACGUGCCAGAGAGAGAGAGGAGGCUCAGCGGAAGCAGACUGAGACUGGAACAAUGUCCACUGACGACGUUGAUGCCCUCUUCGAUGAUGACGACGAUGUUGAUGAGAUUACCGAGAUGGCGGCUGGCGUCUCCUUGAACUCGCCCGCCGAUCGCUCUACCCAGAGCAUGCCUCCGUCUCCUACACGUAACGGCCAUCUGGAGCAGGCUCCUCACCGCACUCGCUCCGACCCUAAGAUUGCCACAAGCACGGCUGAUGCUCCGGAGAACAAGUUGACGAACAAGGAGAAGUACCUCAAGCUGUUCAAGCUGAGAGAGGAGAAUGGAGAGUACAUCCAGGACGUCACCGAGAUGACUCGGGUCCCGAUCAUCCUCAAGACCGACCUGAGCAAGAGCCCUCCAUGCUUGACCAUCCGGUCCGUGAACCCUUAUGCUCUGUGAAAUCGGAGCAUCCAAGGAUUUCCGUGCUCAAUGACGCAAUACCUCGAGUCUCUUGGCCGACUUGCAUGCUGGACCGCUGUUGGUCUAGUCUCAUCAGUACGAUUGAGGUUUGACUGGAUCGGGCACACUAUUAUUUGAUACUCUAAUACAUGUGAUCG